AGAUAUUUCCAGUUUUUUUAUUACAGAGUUUUAAAACUUUAAACAACAUUCAGCCUGACUAAAAUAGUACUAUAAACAUAUCUUAUUGUUUUAAACUUGAAUUAUACACUCUUGUGUCUGCCUUUAGGAAAAAUUACAUGAAUGAUUCAUGGAAAAUUACAAUCAAACAUCAGCUGAUUUCAUCUUAUUGGGAUUGUUUUCUUCAUCAAGAACUGGUCUGUUCCUUUUCAUUCUCAUUGCUUUCAUUUUCUUAAUGGCUCUAGUUGGUAACCUUUCCAUGAUUCUUCUCAUCUUUCUGGACAUUCGUCUUCACACGCCCAUGUAUAUUUUACUUAGCCAGCUCUCCCUCAUGGACCUGAACUAUAUCUCUACCACUGUUCCCAAAAUGGCCUAUGAUUUUCUGUUUGCAAACAAGUCUAUCUCCAUCAUUGGGUGUGGGAUUCAGAGCUUCUUCUUCUUGACUAUGGCAGGUGCAGAAGGAUUGCUCUUGGCCUCUAUGGCUUAUGAUCGUUAUGUGGCCAUUUGCUUUCCUCUUCACUAUCCCAUCAGAAUCAGCAAAAGAGUGUGUAUGUUGAUGAUAACAGGAUCUUGGAUAAUGGGCUCUAUCAACUCCUGUGCCCACACCACAUAUAUUCUCUCUAUCCCUUAUUGCCAAUCCAGGUCCAUCAAUCAUUUCUUCUGUGAUGUCACAGUCAUGUUGACAAUAGCCUGUACUGAUACAACGGUCUAUGAAUAUACAGUGUUUCUGAGCACCACACUUUUCCUUUUGUUGCCCUUUAUUGGUAUUGCAUUUUCCUAUGGCCGUGUUCUCCUUGCUGUCUAUCGCAUGAAUUCAGCAGAAGGGAAGAAGAAGGCCUGUUCAACCUGCAGCACCCACCUCACUGUGGUUUCUUUCUACUAUGCUCCUUUUGCUUACACGUAUCUACGCCCAAGAUUUCUGCGUACUCCAACAGAGGACAAGGUUCUGGCUCUCUUUUAUACCAUCUUCACACCAAUGCUCAAUCCUAUUAUAUAUAGCUUGAGAAACAAGGAGGUGAUGGGGGCCCUGAGAAGAGUAACUCAGAGAAUUUCCCCUGUGAAAAUGUAGGUAAUAUUUUUGCAUGAAUACUAGGAAUUGGAUACAAAUCAAUUUAUAAUUGUAUAGUCAUUAAAAUAUUAUUUUUAUUAAGUGAAAAGAGUAAAACUAAUCUAAAGGCUCCACGUAUUGACUGUGUGGAUCACAACAAACUGUAGAAAAAUCUUCAAGAGAUGGGAAUACCAGGCCACCUUA